CUGCUGCACACUCCGAAGGUUGUUGAUAAUUUGAAAGGUUGCCUCUAAAGUACAGCAAACAUGCUCAGCCUGACUUUAAAGGAGGUGUCUUUGGCACUCAGGGAGGGAAGAAUCUCCCCCACAGAGCUCUGCAAGAAGUGUCUGAAUCGCAUCAAGAAAACACAGCAUCUGAACGCUUACAUCACUGUGACAGAGGAGUUAGCACUGAAGCAGGCUCAGCAGUCAGAAACCAGGCUACUGCAAGGUGUCCCUAAAGGUCCUUUGGAUGGAAUCCCUUUUGCUGUCAAGGACAACUUCUGCACCAAGGAUAUCAAGACAACUUGUGCCUCCAAGAUGCUUAAAGACUACACUCCACCAUACAAUGCCACAAUGGUCCAGAAGCUCCUUGACCAAGGGGCCAUUCUGAUGGGGAAGACUAACAUGGAUGAGUUUGCAAUGGGUGCGGGCAGCACCGAUGGGACUUUCGGUCCAGUAAAGAACCCCUGGAGCUAUGCUGCUCCCUACAGAGAGCAGACGGGGGCAGUGCAGGACUCUGACUGGGUCAUCACUGGAGGAAGUUCAGGUGGAAGCGCUGCAGCUGUGGCCUCGCUCACCAGCUACCUGGCUCUGGGCUCAGACACAGGUGGUUCCACCCGUAACCCAGGAGCAUUGUGUGGUGUUGUGGCUCUAAAACCCACUUACGGUCUGCUGUCCAGACAUGGUCUCAUCCCCCUGGUUAACUCCAUGGAUGUCCCUGGUAUACUGACACGCAGUGUCAAUGAUGCGGCCAUUGCCUUAGGUAUCCUCCAAGGUCUUGAUGUUAGAGAUUCAACAACAGUUCCUGCCCCCUCAUCACUAGCAGAGCUUCCUGAAAACUUUGAUGUCAAGAACAUCUGCGUAGGCAUCCCUAAGGAGUACCAUGCCCCAGGGCUGUCUGAGGAGACUCUAGCACAGUGGAGUCGUGUUGCUGACUUGUUUGAGAGGGCAGGUGCACAGGUGAAGCAAGUGUCACUACCCCACACCCAGUACUCCAUUGUGUGCUACCACGUCCUGUGCCACGCUGAAGUGGCGUCUAACAUGGCCCGUUUUGACGGUCUAGAAUACGGUCACCGUAGUGAGACUGACAGCUCAACAGAGGCAAUGUAUGCCUCAACCCGACAUGAAGGCUUUAACGAUGUAGUCAGAGGGAGGAUACUGUCUGGGAACUACUUUCUGCUAAAACAGAACUACCAGCACUACUUUGUGAAAGCCCAAAAAGUCCGCCGGCUUAUAGCAGACGAUUUCAGGAACGUGUUCAGCUCAGGUGUUGAUGUGCUGCUGACACCCACCACACUGGCUGACGCAGCCUGUUACCAAGACUUCACACAGGAAGACAACCGAACACGUAGUGCACAGGAAGACGUCUUCACCCAGCCUUCCAACAUGGCAGGUCUCCCAGCUGUCUCUGUGCCUACGGCAUUAUCAAGACGGGGCCUUCCCAUUGGCUUACAGCUCGUAGGCCCUGCCCUCCACGACAAGAAGCUGCUCAGUGUCGCCCAAUGGAUGGAGCAGAGGGUUGGGUUUCCCUCCAUCAGUGACUCUGAUUACUCCAGAGAGAGCAGGAAUGACCCACGAAUGACCAAAAGGGAGCAGACUUCAGCUGUAUGAGGACAACUGUGGAUAUAAGGAACCAAGUGUUAACAAAGUUACACCAUGGACUUCAAGUGUAAUAAAGAUGAAUCGGGGGGUCCAUGUGACAUUGAUGGCAAAAAAAAAACCUAAUUAUGACAUUUUAAAAAAACCUCAUUGUUGUAUAACAUGCAUCAUGUAAUGAAUGGAGAGACAUGGUGAUUAACAUGUCACGUCCCACUGCAUAUGUUGACUUACUAUGUUGCCAUUAAAUAUUUGCAGCUUGCGCUAUUUGAUUUCA